AGGCCUGACCCCCACCCCCCUCUUCUGCCGCCCAGACCAUCGACCAGUUCGAGUACGACGGGUGCGAUAACUGCGACGCCUACCUGCAGAUGAAGGGCAACCGGGAGAUGGUCUAUGACUGCACCAGCUCCUCCUUCGACGGGAUUAUUGCUAUGAUGAGCCCUGAAGACAGCUGGGUCUCCAAGUGGCAGCGAGUCAAUAAUUUCAAGCCUGGUGUGUAUGCGGUGUCUGUAACAGGUCGUCUUCCACAAGGGAUCGUGCGGGAGCUGAAGAGCCGAGGUGUGGCCUACAAAUCCCGAGACACGGCCAUAAAAACCUAAGGCAUCCUUGGACCACAUGGAGGAGUCUCCAGCGCCUGGCUAGGCUCCUGUUCUGCAAAGUGGCUGGGGCCCAGAGUCUGCCCUGGGAAACUGCUCUAGUGCUUUUCAGCCAUGGGGGAGGGGGCAAGGUGAGCAGGAACUCCUCACUCCAUGGGGGGGGGCGCUUGGGAUCAGCACCAGCCUCUCCAGCUUCAUCUGGAUUCUUACAAUGCCUCUCGCCAUGCAGCAGACUGCGACGCCCUGAGCCCAGGGAGCAGUGGGCUGGUUGGAACUCCUCUGCGCCUGGGGAAGGAUUUCUCUACCGUCCCUUCCCUGGGAGUUUCUCAGAAGCAGCGGGGGUGGGGGGAACGGCACUGUGGAUUUUUUGUAAUUCCCAAUAAAACGUGGUCACAGGCA